AUGUCGGCACAAGGUGACUGUGAGUUCCUGGUCAAACGAGCUCGAGAGCUGGUUUCUGAGGAUCCAUGGGCGGCCAAAGCGUGGCUGAUUACAGCUCGGACCCUAUACCCCUCAGACUUCAACAUCCAGUACGAAAUGUACAUUAUUGAGCGGAACGCGGAGCGAACGUCCUCGGCGGGAAGACUGCUGUAUGAUAUUUUUAUCAGUUUCCCAGAGCAGCCUGUAGUGUGGCGUGAGAUCACGGUUAUCACUGCUGCUCUGCGCAGUGACAGCCAGGACAAACAAACUCAGUUCCUCAGAGGUCUCUUUGAGACCCUUCCAGGCUCUGUUCAGUGUCAGAUGUUACUGAAGGCUACAGAGCAAUGCUUUAACACGCUGGAGAAAGCUGAAAUGCUGCUGCUGCUGUUGAAGAGAUUCCCUGAGUCUGUAGUACAACAUGGGGUCAGCCUGGGAGAAUCCCUUUUGGAAGCGGAGAAUGUGGAGAACUUGGAUACACCUGUGAAUUGUUUCAGAAAGCUCUUUGUGUGCGAUGUCCUGCCUCUCAUAAUGAAUAAUUUGGACAUGCGACUUCCUGCCAGUCUCUUGUAUAAGUAUAUGCACAAAGCAGCUGAGUUCUACAUCAGCUAUGUCACCAGAGGACCAUCUGCAGAUGGACAGAUACAAGGUACCUCUCUUACAGGUUCUCAGGAGGUGGGCGGGCUCAAGUCUCCAGGGGUUGGGCGUGGUGGGCAGCGGUUUGUGAUUGACGGCUUGUCAGAGAAAUCAUCAGUGGUGUGUGAGCCCUGGGAGAGGCUGCUGGAUAUAGUGGCAGUAGUGGGUGCUCGCUGUGACUGGCAAGGAGAUAAAGGGAGCAGGAAUUACACAGAGCUGUUGCAGCGUGUGCGGGAGCUGUUUCGAUACCUGCCCAGUCUGGAGGCGGAGCCAAUGUCACGAUGCUGCGGUCAAAUUGUAAUAUGCUCUGCCUUGGUCCUGUUCCGCUCUGCCUACCUCUACAUGUCCGCAGUUCAGCCCUCUCUCUUCCAGGGUCACAGUGCCCUGGACAGUGGGCCAUGGAUCCUGCUGGAGGAUUUGUCCUCUGUGUACAGUGAGGUGGAGCUGGAGAGAUCGGCAGGAAAACACGCCCACAAAAAACGCAAACUCACAGACGGCCGAGAGAAAACUAUGAGUUCAGACGAUGAGGAGGGUCUGGGAAAGGGGCGCGGCCGGCACAUACUGGUUAAUAAGUCAGACUUUCCUGGCUGGGCAGAAACUCUGGAGAGCUUCCGCACCGCAAGGGAGAGCUGGGACUUAUUACAUUCCCACGAUGCACUGGAAACUGAGUUUAAUAAGCUGUGUACAGCCUGGAAGACUGAGAGCUGGCUGUGGUUUCGCAUUUUCCUCACAGAUAUGAUCAUUUAUCAGGGUCAGUAUAGGAAGGCUCUCUCUAGCCUGGCACAGCUGGCACAGCUGGCAUCCUUCCAGCCUGUUCAGACUCAGAUUUCUGCUGCUGCCUCUAACCUGGAAAACCACAGAGCCCUCAUACAGCAGGCAUCCUGUCACUACGCACUGGGAGAGUACAGGCUGGCAUGUGAGAAAUUGUUGGAGGUUGUUGGAAACCUGGUUCCGCCCACACAGGAGCCCAUUAAGAGCACUGAGGAGGCAGGCCGGGCCCGCACCAAGCCCAGGAAAGGAAAUGACUUAAGGCUCCUCCCCUGCACAAGCAAGGCUAUACUCCCAUUCUGUCUGCAACUGAUGCUGGCGUGCUUCAAGCUGCGGGCAUUCACAGACGGUAGGGAUGACCUGGCCCUUGGUCAUGUGGUUGUUCUUUUGCAGCAUGACUGGCCACAAGGCGAGACUCUCUUCCUUAAAGCCGUGGAUAAGAUUUGUCAACAGGGCUGUUUCCAAUAUGAAAAUUUCUUCAACUACGUCACAAAUAUUGACAUGCUGGAAGAAUUUGCAUACCUCCGCACAACAGAAGGUGGACGGGUCCAAUUGGAGCUUUUACCCAAUCAAGGGAUGCUAAUCAAGAACCCCAGCCCCACCCUGGGGGUGGAGUUAAACACCCUGCUGCUUCCAGGGGCUCAGAAGGCUGACAGGCACCAUACUGUGACGCGGGGCAUAACAAAGGGGGUGAAAGAGGAUUUUCGUCUGGCGAUGGAGCGACAGGUGUCUCGCUGUGGAGAGAACCUUCUUACAGUUCUCCACCGGUUCUGCAUCAAUGAAAAAGUCAUUCUCAUCCAAUCCCUACCCUGACCAUAACCCUUUAUCCCCCGAGACAGUCAUUCCCGUUCCUUGGGAUCCAUGGUCUGUAAUAUUUCGUUCCGACCCUAAAUUGCCACACUUGGUUCUGGCUCUGAAUUCUCAAGGCUUUUAUUAGCAAAAUCAGAUGUGUUGGGUUGGGUCCAUAAAUAUAUCCUACAGCCCUCAACUGUCUUCAGAUUUCUCCAUUUUACUACUUAUUCAGUUCCCAUAUCAGCCUCACUGAGAAACAUGGAAAAACAAAACAAAUGAGAGGACAAGGUUGCCAACAGUGAGGCAGUGUAGGCUUAGAGACAAUAGAAUGUUUAGUCCUACUGGAAACAGAAAUGUCACCUUCUAGUGCUUUGAAUUUUCUGUAAAAAUAAUACAAAGGGUAAUUCAUAUACACUACUUUCUCUCCUGCCAGGCAUAGAUGACCCUCCUCUAUAGAGCUGUUUUGUAUGCAGACUUUUUCUGCGUGCCUAAACAAACACACUUGGUUCAGCUAAAUCAAGGCCUGAAUUAGUCUUUGACUAUUAGGACCAGAUUUGCUUGAUGAGGGCUAAAUUGUACCGGUGGAUUUCUCACCAUCAUUCAAUCCUGUUUAAUUUUAUUGUAAUCCCAGAAAGGAGGAGUGUUUAGAAAGAUUACAGUGUUUCAAUGGGACCUGUCUUUGUCCACGUCCCUGUCCUUUUGAAAGACUCUCAGUACAGCCUCUCCUGAACACCCCUCUGUCCUGAGCUGUGUGGUGAUAUAAAUCAUGACCACACUUUUAGGUUGUGAAACCUUAGUGAGGUAGUGUUGUGUCGUCACAUGAUCUGUUUGCAGCAUCGUCAUUUGGAAAGCAGAACUCAUAAAAAAAUGAAAUCUUGCCUCUCUUGUUGUCAAAUGUGAUUAUUA